AUGAUGCAAAAUAUCCCAUUUCAAGCUUGUUCUAAGCGCUCUAUUCUUAAUCAUCUCUCUCGUUUUUCUGACCUCAAGUUGGACCCUGAAACAACUGUAGGACUUGAAUCCAUUGUUUUGUCUUUUGUUGAUUAUGAUUAUGACGAAACAACUGGCCAUUACUCUCCCAAUGUGACUUUUGAAGAAUACUGGAUCGAUCCAACUAAAUCCAGAAUGUAUAUCGAUACACCAGCUGACAAGGAACCUCGACUAUUCCCAACUCAUCCUGUUCGAUUUGUUGAGCGCCGCGACGAUCCUGCAUCUUCAUGGCAAGCCAUUGCCAGAGCCCAAGGUGUUGCUGUGUGUCUCCCACGCUCAACAUGCAUCUCAUCCUUCAAACUUGUGGGCGGCCAAAGUCUUAUUGUGGGGCACCCUCUCAACCGUUCUGCCAUACUUAUUGAGUACUUGACUGGGUCAUCCAAAGCAAAAAUUCGUGAUCGAGAAAUAAUUGAACCCGUCAAGUAUUGGGCUGAAAGAGGGUUUAUUAAAGAAGCAUUAAUUGUGGAAAAGUUCAUUGCGGCAGCUGCACUAAAUAUCCCACCAACUUCAUUAAGCAAAACUAUUGUGGUGUCGCGGAUCGCAAAACAACAAACACCACAGGGAAUGCUCAAAGGCACCAUUUUUCAGUAG